AUGAAUUCACGAACUCGAAAAAUUCUUAAUAUGGCAAAACUACAAACACCUGUAUUAAACCAUAAUAUUAUUGUACAAAGCGAAUUAUCAUCCAGUUCUUGCAAUUUAGUGUACGCAACGUUGUCACCAGUUCCUCCUUCUUUACCUGACAGUAAUGCGGUUUUUACACAAAUUAUGGAACAAAAAUCAGGUCCAAUUUUCGCAGCCAAUGAAUUUACUUCUGAUGAAUGUAGGGACACAACAGAGUGGUUACCUCCAAAUAAUUAUAAAUCAAUUAUAAGUUCAAGUAUUUCCGACGAUUUACAUAAACCUAGUUGUUCUCGAAUUAUACCUAAUGAACAAAUUAUGGAACAAAAAUCAGGGCCAAUUUUCCCAGACAAUGAAUUUACAUCUGAUGAAAGUAGGGACACAACAGAGUGGUUACCUCCAAAUAAUGAUAAAUCAAUUAUAAGUUCAAGUAUUUCCGACGAUUUGCAUAAACCUAGUUGUUCUCGAAUUAUACCUAAUGAAACCGAUUUUUCUAUGAACAACACUGUAUCAGAUCGUAUAAUUUUUGAAAAUAAUAAUAGGAUGGAUCCUUUUCGCCAAAUUAAUGAAUCUAACAUAAAUUCUGAAUUAGAAGAAGCUUUAGAAGUUGGGACUGGAGGCUUAAGAUUACCUCGGAAAACUAACAUUCGUGAAUUAAAUAAAAUAGAAAAAGCCAAAGGAAUAGGUAAAAAAGUCCAAGUUAAUCCAUGUGCUAAUAAAAGAUGCCAAAAUAAAUGCAAAAAUAAAUUUAGUGAAGAAGAUAGACAAGAAAUCUUCACUGAAUUUUGGACAUCAUGUGAUCCAGUAAGGCAAAAGAUUAUCUAUUAG